ACAGUGUGUGAUAUUUAGAUAAGCCUGUUCUUGUUCUACAUACACAAUCUGUCAAAAUCGGUCAAAAUGUGGAAAACUCUUGUUCUAGGACUCUUUACGCUGGAAGUGUGUGUAGCGACUUGUCCAAUUGGAUUCAUACAACACGGGUCAUCCUGUUACAAUAUCUUCCACAUUAAGGCGUCCUGGGCCGAGGCUAACUACUACUGUUCCAUGAUUCAGUCCUCCCUGCUAUCCAUUGACGAUGCUGGCGAGGAGCAGUUUAUAACUGGCUACAUCGGAAGACUGGGGGCCGGUGCGUUCUCCAGCGGGUCCCUGUGGAUAGGGGGCACCAGUAUGUUCUCUGGGAGCUGGAUUUGGACUCAGACACGGACAGGUCUUACUUACACCGCGUGGGCCCCGGGCGAACCCUCCAAUGAUCCCCUAAACAGAUGUAUAGCCGUAGGAUUCAAAACUCAAUUCAAGUGGACUGCCAAUGUCUGUGAACAACUGAAUAAUUUUAUUUGCGAGUCGCUGGCGUAGUCAGAGCUGAAGGACUGUCUGGUGUUAGAGAUCGCGGAUGUACAUGUAACAUAAUAAAUACCGUUAUAAACACCGGUA